UGUUAGUGGCCAAACUGCGUGCUCUAGUCUUUGUUUGAAAGUAAUGUAAGGUGUAUGCCUGCCUCUACACAUCUGUCCAUCUAUUUCGGUAAAGUUUGUUAUUCUCUUUGUUUCACUUCUUUGUUUGCACGGAAAGGAAGUGAAAGGAUAUAAGAACCUUACACGAGCGUGCUCAAAUUAGCACUAGCUCCACAACGAGAGCAAAGCAAACAGCUUUGAAAAGUGUGAAAGUGUUUUUGUGAUGAAAGAAAGGAUGAGUGAUUUAGUUGACUGAAGUCCAACAAACAAACCAUCAUCUUCAUCAUCAUACUGCUUCUUCCCACUAUGGCUGAGCGCCUUAAUAUACCAAUAUCUUCCUUACGCCCACCUCCGCUGCGGUGCGACUUUUGUACUUUAUGUAAGUGUUCAUUGUGUGAGCAAACCGCUCUCUCAACUGGGGCGCUGUGGUUUUUCCACUCGUCCACUACGUAAAAGCACAAUGAUUGGUAUAAAGUUUUGGAUGAUACAUCGAAACAGCACUAGUUUCAAUCAUCCCAUGUUCAUGAAAUUCACUGAAAUGCUGACUCGUCAAGAUUAAACAGCCUCUAGACACUACAUUGAAGGACGAAUUAACGAAUAAAGCCAUGGCAUGCAGAAGAGUGCAGCACAGCCUGAACUUCCUCUGCUAAUAGAACGGAGCGGCCAAAUCCGAAAACUCCGAUUUUGACAUUUGCAAACUUUUCUACUCGAGUUUUGAACAGGGACAGGCUGGGUUAUCUCACCCAGGCCGCGGAAGCAGUUUCCUUGUCGAUAGUAAUGCAGCAAUGAGCACUAGUUUUGGAGCGAACGUUUUACGAACAUUUUCGCUGAGGCAGCGAUCUCUCACUUCGCGCGACGAUCUGGCGUUGGACUUGAUUGACGAAAAAAUUUUUUGGCCUCCGGUUACUCGAGUUGGCCACCGAGCUAAGCGAAGGCUAAGUGCGAACCACGUGGAUUAAACUAUCGCAAUCAAGGUCCUACUUUUCACGAUUUAUAUCGAAAAAACCUUGAGCAACCUUUUCACGCAAAAGCUCAGCUACAGCAAGACGCUACUUACGGUGGCUGAGCAACGAUUUUGGGUACUCCGCGUCGCAGUUUACUGUUGAUUUUGCGUUUACGUUUCGAGUGCCUUCCGUUCGCGUUUCGAGUGCCUGCGUUUACGUUUUACGUUUUGCGUUUACGUUUUCCGAGUACCUUGCGCCUACGUUUCGAGUACCUACGUUUACACUACCUACCCUACCUCUGUUCGCGUUUCCGAGUACCUCGCAUCUGCGUGUGUCGAGUACCGGGCGUUUACGUUUUUCGAGUACGAUACGUGUGCCUUUGGGUUGUUCUACCACCUUAGCCUUUGGCUCAGCGCUGUGCGCAUAAUUAAUUUCCAACUUAGCCUUUGGCUCAGCGCAGUGCGCAAGAAAGUAAAAGAAAAAAGAAGACAUGGCGUAUAUCUCGAUGUCUCCUCCUCACCGGCGGCCGCUGAUGCGCGGUUGCGCCGUAAAUCUGCGCGACGCAGAACAAGAACUGCUUGUCGAAGGAGAACUCACGUUCCUCAACUCGAUCGGACCGGCGACGAAGGUCUGUGGCGAGUUGGUUGCGAUCAACCCGAAAACGGGCUAUGACGAAAUCGCAGAUCCGGAACGGUUCCAGCGACAAAUGCCUGAUGCGCAGGCUAGAGCAGUUUCUGACGUCAGCAUCGUCUUCGACGACGAGGAGGAAAGCGACACGCGAUGGUAUUGGCGGCUACAUGUUUUUCACCCUUCCCAGAUAGUGAGAGACAUCGAAAGAGAUGCGGCGUUAUCGCCGAAACAGGCGAUCAACCUCUUCAAUGCAGCUACCGAGGACGGUAUUAUCGAUUUUGAUUUCGUUCCUGAACCGAUGGCGCAGUCACAGCGAACUAGCGCGUCACCGGAUUCGCACGUAGAAACGCUGCAGAAACUAACAGAAGCUAUCCAAGCUUCAACUGCACAGCAGACGGAGAAUAGCUCCAAUAGCAUGCAAGUUUUAGCAGAAGCCAUUACCAACCAACUUGGAAACGCAGCAGCAGACCAAGAAAACGGCUUUCGGUCACUCGCAAGCGCACUUCGCGAGCAAUCGAAGGCGAGUACGGGCACCACCGAGACCUCUGCGGCGGAGCGCAACAAGAGAGAGGUGCAGAAGCAAGUUGCUUCGGUGAAAAUGGCGGUGGGAACCAAACUCGUUUUCGGUACGGCACGCGAGUUUGAAACGCAGCUCGAGGUCUACACUCAGGCGUGCAGCGACGCGGGUUUGACCGAUUCCAAAGCAUGGGUUCGCACUUUAAAGGCGUGCUCCCAGGAGCUUAGCAACGCUGCGGCUUUCAUGCAGGACUUUGUCUUGUCGGUUGGUAGCGACAAGCUUUACUCCGACACGGAACUAGACGAGGAUGCGUGGACAAAUCUCAGACGGCAUCUCGUUGGCGAAUUUCUGCCUACAAAAGCGGGCGUCAGUACGAGCAAGAAGCCGCGCGACGUCAUGAAAGAGUACAGCGAGGUCAAGGCCUCUGCGGACGAAAUGUCUACGGUGAAGAAAUUCGAAAAGUUCAUCACUCGCUACCGGAUUGCGCGUAUGCGCAUGCAGCAGGCUGGACUGAUCAUCCAAUCGAUUCGCGAGGUCGAAGACGUGAAGUUGAAGCUGCUGCCGGAGGCAAUUGCCUAUCUCGAAGCGCUACCAGAAUUGUCGCAGCCUAACUGCGUCGACAAGAGCGAUGGAGAAAUUUCGCGGAUCAUCGGCGGAACUAGCAGCGAAGCGAAAGGUCUGAAAGACCAAGAACCGGAAAUCUCUAUUUGGGAUUGCUGCCGCCGAUGGAUCCAAUCGAGAAUGGAGCUCGGACCGAAGGCACAGAUCAACUUUGUGCGUGGCGCUGGAGAUAGAUUUCCUCCUCAAGGUGGUAAUGGAAAAAAGGGUGGUGGAAAAGGUAGUGGCGCCAAGGGCGAGUCGCAGACACAAACGUGCUCGCGAUGCCACGGUGUCCACCCAGGACCUUGUCCCGGAAACCUCCUCUCGCAGGCAGAGCGAGAAGAAAUAUGGAAUUCCGGAAAACGUUGCAACUACAAAUGUGCAGGACGAGAAUGUGGUGGUCGCAACCACCUUGCCGGAACGCAUAGGCAGUCUGCGCAAAAGCUAAAUGAGCAGAAAGCUGCGCAGCGCGGUAAAGGGAAAGGCACUGGCAAGCAACCAGGCAAGAAAGGCCAGCCACCGCGAAGAACCAACACCAGCGCGGUGACCACCGGAGAACAAGAGCAGCAAGCUGAUGCUGGUGCUGAGGCGUUCUGUCAACCAACCGAUGACGAGACUGCGCGUGGAGUGAUUGCUGCUGCAGUCCACACAGCGUCGACUCCUGGUUGGAGUACAGCUCCUCCUGGUGGCACUACGAAAACAAAGUUUGCAUUUGUUGAUGAUACAGAUGCCAAAGUACCUAUCACGAUUGAGUCGUGCGAGCGUGAGAUUCUCGCGGGGGUGCCUCAGCACUUGCAGAACCCGUGGCUUCUCGAUGGCAGCGAAGAUCACAGUCCUCCUGCUGUCCAGCCGGAUCGUGGGGUCCACGGAGACCAGCCGAUCGCCGAGAUUCAAUUCGAAUGUUUAGCGCGAAAAUUUUGCGAAUUUUCUGAGCAGAUGCCGAACAGGAUCAACAUAGCGGCGGUCAAUAACGGUGAACACCAAGAGAGCGUCAUCAAGAUUGGCGACUCGUGCCAGAGGAUCAAGGAGGACUCCUGCUCUGGUCGUGGUUUGGCGAGUCGUGCUUGGGUGGAGGCUGCUUCGCGUAGCCCUCACACGGACUAUGCAAUUUUGCGUACUUUCAAGGGGCCAGAGGUCGAAUGCUCCGGCUUUGAGACCGGUGCGUCUUCGGUUGUUGCUGACGAAUGCGUCAUGAUAGAAACGCAGCGUGUCGACGUUUCUGGCAGAACGAAGGCGAGGAUCUCGAUUUUUCUCAUCAUCGCGAGUCUUGCAUUUUCGUUGCUGUUCGGUUGGUCGCAACUUGUUGCAGAUCAAGCACAACCGGUCUACGCGUAUGCGGAAGGCGCAAAUGGCAUAACGAUGCCAUACCACGUUGGUACGAAUUACACGAUCCUCGAGGCUGGAGAAGAAACAAGAAUCUAUACGCCUCGUGAUCUCAUCGAACAUCUACCCGAGCAAGGAGAUGUCGACUGGCGGUUCUCUCCUUCGAAUCCUUUUGGUACAGAUCCGUUUCCGCAGGCGGUUAACGUUUUUGCUAGUGCGGCUUUGCAGCGCAAAAAAGCACGCUGGGCGGGUCAGCACGAUUUGCUUCGCAAGGCAAUCGAAGAAGAGGAUCGAAAGCGAGCCUCCUACAGGAAACACGAUAUGUACUCCGAGGAGUACAAGCAGAAUUUGCGCGACUCGGUCGACAAACGAUACGGUCAUCUGCAUCCAGAAGUAGUUGCAGAGAUCAAGAACAUCACCAGCGAGUUCUCCCACCUGCUUUGGCAGAAGAGAAGGGAUGCCCCUUCAAAACGAUUGAAGGAUACGAAUACAAAGUUGAGCUCGACGAGGAGCUCGUCCGAAAACAUGCUAAGGCCUUAGGCCGCAGAACCGGCUACCCUGUUUCUGCUUUUGAUGCAGAGCGCGGCGAAGCACAUCUCCGAUGGCACUGCGAAAGCGGAACAGUGCGAAUUGCCGAGAAACCUCCGAAGAAGGUUCAUCCGAUGUUUAUUACGGAUGCCAACGCGGGCAAGGGGAUUUUGGCACGUCCGAUCUUCGACUUGUCUCGCAUCAACAAAUGCACAAAGCGAGUACCUUGGGUGCAGCCGGACUUGCAACAAUUUCUUCAAUUUGCUGCUAUGUUCGCGUUGCAUUUCAAAGCCGAUUUCGUCUGGGGCUUCAACCAAUUGAAGCUUGCGCCGGAGACGCGCGAAGAAUUCGGCAUCACAUUCAGCGGCAAGAUCUACGAACCACUCGCUGUUGGCUUCGGCGGCAGCGAAUUUCCGCCUGCCUUUCAAGCAGAAGUCCAGACGGAUAUCCAAGAACACGAAGAAUACUGUCGAAACUAUCUCGACGAUGUUUAUGCCGGAACCAAGGUGCCAGCGGGAAAACCGAUUACCAAGGAUCACAUGCUUGCACGUCUCAAGAUGGUGCGCAGUGUCCUUACCUCUCUGAAUAGACGCAAGUGGCUUUUGAACUGGGACAAGACAUUUUUGGUCGAGACCCAGAUGGAGUUACUUGGGCAUCGAAUUGCGCGUGGUAUCGGUGUUGAACCACGACGCAAAGCGGCAAUGCAGGAUUUGUCGAAUCCUACCAACCUCGACGAGGUCAACAGCUACCGACGCAUGGGAGUUUGGAUUCGUAAAUUUGUUCCGAAUUUGGCCGAACUUGUGGCACCGUUGAACAAGUAUUCGCGCAAGGGCAUGACCUACGAAAUGUUUAAGAAUGACACUUCGGCAAACGAGGCCAUCCAAUACAUCCGUAAGACGGUGAGCAGCAUCGAGUACCAUGCACCUAGGUCCGACUGGGACUUUACGCUUUGCGUUGAUAGCAGCGAUGCUUGCUCAGCUUGGUGGCUUUGGCAGGAACCUGCAAUCGGAGAUGACGGAACGCCGAUUCUGAUCGACAGCGGUUAUUACGCAUUCAAGGAGGACUAUGAGCUCUUCCAGACUGUCACGGAGAAAGAGCUUUACGCGCUCUUCGACGGCGUUACUGGCUCCGCUCUUCGACGGCGUUACUGGCUCCAAGAAAUGGGUCCGCGACAGUACUUGUCGAGUCUGUCGUGAUCACUUGAAUAACGAAACGAUCCAACCACGGUUGCAGAAAGACCUCGACACCAAGCGAGUCCUCAAGAAAGCUACGCGCUGGGCUUUGGAGAUUCGUGCGUGCGGCGACAACUACGAAUACAUGCACAUCCCAGGCAAGGACAACAUUGCGGCUGAUUUUUUGUCGCGUCUGGCUCCAGGAGCGAUUGCGGCGCGCUCGGAGUUCGAAAAGCGUAUUCUUGAGGGUACGCCGGUGCGAGAGCUGAUUUACGAAUACUAUGGUGUGGACUUAGUUCCGCGCGAGGUCAUUGACAAAUUUUGCCGAAGAGCAUAUUGCAGAUGCAAGAAAACGCAAAACGCAAAAAGCUAUCGAACCUAA